AACUUAAGUUUUGUUUCCUCGACUAGGUAAAGACUUGAUUAACCAGCUGCUGAAGACGGACCCCAAUGAGAGAAUGACCAUCACCCAGUUUAUGAAUCACCCUUGGAUUAGUCAGUCCAUGGCGGUUCCCUCCACGCCACUCCACACCACCAGGGUGCUGACUGAGGACAGAGAGAUGUGGGAGGACGUCAAGGAGGAGAUGACCAGCGCCUUGGCGACCAUGCGCGUGGACUACGACCAGGUGAAGAUCAAGGACCUGGACACCUCCAGCAACCCGCUCCUCAACAAGAGGCGCAAGAAGGCUGCGGCGGGGGCCAAGAGCAGCGGCCCGGCAUGUCAAAGUCAGUGACUCCCUUCAAUGCAACACCACCGGCUGCUUUGGACUGUUUAAGUGGAAUAAUAGACAACAUUGAAAUAUUGACAGGGGACAAUUCAGACUUUUUACACAGCCUCAUGUUUCUAGGAGGGUUUUUUUAAAUGACAUUUUUAGACUCCGAUAGGUUUGAUACAGUAUUUGAAGUUUGCACUGACCUGGCGUGGACAGACUGUGAAAGUGGAGAUUUUAGAGCCGCUGAUUAUUGUCAGCAUUCAGACCUACUCUGGUGUAACCAUCAGAGUAUUUUUAAUUGAAAAUAAACCGGCCAAUUAAUAUAGUGCGUCGUUUGUGAGCUGCGACAGGUGUUUCUCUUCUAGUAAGAUCUGGGGUGGGGUUGUCCCUAUACCAAUAUUUUGGUACCGGUACCAAAAUGUAUUUCGAUGCUUGUCUAAAUAAAAAGGGACCACAAAAAAUGGCA